CCGAGCCCCGGCCCGGCCCGCUCGGGGCGAGCGGUGCCGGGGCGUCGCGGAACGGGGCAGCCGCGGAACGCCCGCCGCGCCGGCCGGAGCGCUGAGGCUGCUGCACCGCGGCGCCGGAAGGAGGCUCGCUCGCCAUGCCAAAGUUACGGAAACCUCAAGGAGGGAAGCAAGAGAAAAAAGUUAUCCAUCCGUACAGCAGAAAAGCUGCACAGCUUGCAAGGGAAGUACACAAACAGGAAAAGAAAGAAAAGUUGAAGACUGACAAAGCUUUGCGUUUAAGUAUUAUUGGAGAAAAACUGCAGUGGUUUCAAAGUCACCUUGAUCCCAGUAAAAUCGAGUACACAAAGAAGGAAGCUGGUGAACUAAUUGAAAAUUAUAUGUGUCGAUUUAAUGCUGAAUUGGAGCAGAUUGAAUUACAAAACAGUAUUAAAGGCAGACAAGGAAGACAGCAUGGUUCACGGGAAACUGUCAUCAAGCAGACAAUAGAACGUGAAAGACAACUCUAUGAGGGCUAUGGAAUAGAAAUCCCAGACAUUAUGAACAGAAAGCAUCUGAAAUUUUUCAGAGAAUGGGAUGGUGAUCUGAGGAAACUGCCAAACAUCAAAAUGAAAAAGCUCUCUGCUAGGGAUGCUGCAUGCAGUCACCCUGAGGUGACAGAUGCAGAAGCAAAAGAAGAUUUGAAUGAAGAAGAAGAGGUGGGCCCUGAUGAGCAUCAGCUGAUCCAAGAGCUGAAAUAGUGAAGGGAAUUGUAAGAAAUCUAUUUUAAUUUUCACUGGAAACAAAAAUAAAAUUUAACUAUAUUUCUAAA